AUGACCAACAGCAGCUUCCUCACCGAAUUCCUCCUCCUGGCAUUUGCGGACAAACGGGAGCUGCAGCUCUUGCACUUCUCACUCUUCCUGGGCAUCUACCUGGCUGCCGUCCUGGGCAACAUCCUCAUCAUCUCUGCCAUAGCCAGUGACCACCGCCUGCACACCCCCAUGUACUUCUUCCUCCUCAAUCUCUCCAUCCUGGACUUUGGCUCCAUCUCCACCACUCUGCACUAUGGGACACUCAUGGGCAGCAGAGCUUGUGUCCAAAUGGCAGGAGCUGCCUGGGCCAGUGGUUUUCUCAAUGCAGUGCUGCACACUGCGAACACAUUUUCAAUUCCACUCUGCCAAGGCAAUGCUGUGGAGCAGUUCUUCUGUGAAAUCCCCCAGCUCCUCAGGCUCUGCUGCUCUGACUCCUACUUCAGGAAAGCUGGGGUUACUGCGGUUAGUUUUUGUGUAGCUUGUGAGUGCUUUGUGUUCAUUGUGCUGUCCUGCGUGCAGAUCUUCAGGGUCGUGCUGAGGAUCCCCUCCGAGCAGGGCCGGCACAAAGCCUUUUCCAUGUGCCUCCCGCACCUGGCCGUGGUCUCCCUGUUUGCCAGCACUGCAAUGUUUGCCUACCUGAAGCCCCCCUCCAUGUCCUCCCCAGCUCUGGAGCUGGUGGUGGCUGUUCUGUACUCAGUGGUGCCUCCAACACUGAACCCGCUCAUCUACAGCAUGAGGAACAAAGAGAUCAAAGAGGCACUGAGGAAAUUGAUUCAAUGUGUAGUAUUUUACCACUCAUAG